UUUAUUUUUUUUUGCAAGACCUUAUGUAUCCAGAGAUUAGGUGCAAGUUGCACAAUCCUUCCCAGGCUGGUUUAUUUCUCUCUCUGGGGGAUUGUGGAUCCAACGCUUUCACAGGGUAUAAACAGCCAACUUGUUCAUUCCCCAAGUUACCUAAGGCAAAGCCAGUCGCAGCAGCAGCAGCAACAAACCUCUUCAAUCCCACCUUCCCAGAGCGCAAAGGCGAAGACUUCAUAGGUGAAGACUGAGGCGGAGGGAAGCCCAAGAUACAGAGUGACCAUGUGGCUCCUUUUGGAUCUCUCUGUCGAGACCUGGGUGUUUCUAACUGCGUUCAUCAGUCUACUGAUGCUGUACGGCAUCUGGCCUUACGGAGUCUUCAAGAAGCUCGGCAUCCCUGGGCCGAGACCUCUCCCUUUCAUUGGCACGAUGCUACACAAUCGCCAUGGGUCAAUAAAGUUUGAUCAAGACUGUUAUGAGAAAUAUGGAAAAAUCUGGGGGUUUUAUGACGGUCGAACGCCUGUGUUGGGUGUUGCUGAUCCAGCCAUCAUUAAAACAGUACUGGUGAAAGAGUGCUAUUCUACUUUUAUAAACCGCCGGGACGUUGGUCCAAUGGCUGAACUGGAAGAAGGUGUUUUAACAGCAAAAGAUGAGCAAUGGAAGAGGCUUCGGACCCUGCUCUCGCCAACCUUCACCAGCGGAAAGCUAAAAGAUAUGUUUCCCAUCAUUGUGCACUAUGCGAAAAGCCUCAUGAAAAAUGUUCAAGCCAAAGUGGAGAGGGAAGAACCGCUGGACAUUAAAGGCCUCUUUGGAGCAUACAGCAUGGACGUCGUCACCAGCACCUCAUUUGGCGUGACCACCGACUCCAUCAACAACCCCAAUGACCCCUUUCUCAAGGAAGUGGAGAAGUUAAUCGAUGUUAAUUUCACUUCUCCUGUUUUAAUGCUGUUGAAUGUAUUCCCGUUCCUGAGACCUCUGUUGACGAUGAUGGGCAUGAGCUUUUUUCCCCGUGACGCCAUGAAGUUCUUUGCAAAAUCAUUUGCCAAAAUCAAGGAGAAUCGGGAGAAAGGGAGUGAAAAGGGCAGAGUGGAUUUCUUACAGUUGAUGAUAGAGUACCAAAAAGCAAGCGACGCAAAAAGAAGCAAUGAGGUAGCUAACAAAGCUUUGACGGACAGUGAGAUUCUGGCACAAGCUAUUACCUUAAUAGUUGCAGGAUAUGAGGAUACCAGCAACAACCUCAGUUACACGGCUUACGAAUUAGCUCUCCACCCUGACGUCCAGCAGAAACUGCAGGAGGAGAUUGACUUGGUUCUGCCCAAUAAGGCUCCUCUUACCUACGAGUCCAUCAUGCAAAUGGAAUACCUCGACAUGACAAUGAACGAAACCCUCCGGUUGUAUGCGAACACUUUUCGGCUUGAAAGGGAGUGCAAGAAAGACGUGGAGAUCAACGGCAUUGCCAUUCCAAAGGGGACUGUGGUGAUGGUUCCACCACGCGUCUUGCAUCUUGAUCCAGAAUACUGGUCCGAACCCAAAGAAUUUAGACCUGAAAGGUUCAGCAAGGAGAUGAGAGACAAAAUAGAUCCCUACGUGUUCAUGCCUUUUGGAGCCGGACCCAGAAUUUGCAUUGGAAUGAGAUUUGCUAUGCUGACAAUGAAAACGGCUAUCAUUGGUCUUCUGCAGCAUUUCAGCUUCAAGCCCUGCAAGGAAACACAGAUCCCUUUGCAGCUGUCUACGCGUGGAUUCGCAAGACCUGCCAAACCGAUCAUCCUGAAAUUUGUUCCCAGAGCCAGCUCCACAUGCUAGUGGAGUUUCUGUCUACCAACUCUUUUAGGAAUGCAGUGAUACCAUUUGGUAAUUUUAGAGUCUAGACUUGAGAGUCCCCUUGUAUAACUUCAAAUGCAAUGCUUCAGGCCACCCGGAGGGCUCUUUAGCUGAAUUCAGGCACCGGGGCCCCUGGACUUCUGUUCCAAAGUCUGACCUGUACAGAACUGUGGACAGAAUAUUAUCUCAGCUACUGCACCACCAGAUCUGCUGUUUCCACAUAGCUUCUUGUUUGCAAUUCUGGCAUAACCACGGCUUGCGGGCUAAUUUGCAGGAAAAAUUGCCAUGGAAUUACAAGAACAUCUCAGCUUUCUUUUCCAAAUAACAUCAUUGGUGUGUGUGCAUGCGA